GGAGACACGCCUUCUUCUCACACAAACCUCCCAGAUCCAGGCGGCCGUGCGGACCCAGGGGUGGUGCUCCAGUCCUGCCACUCGCCGUCCAGACGGGCAGGGGCUGGGGACCGAGCCAGAGCCACAGGUUGGAAGAAUCAGGAGCUGUCUGCACGAUGGUCGCCCUGUAGAGCAGGUCCCGCGUCACUGCUGGUGUGGAAGCCAGGAGUUCCAGGCACCGGGAAGGGGAAGGAGCCUCUGACACCCGACACCAGCCCUUGCGCCCCGGAAACUUCGCAGGCUGGAUUGCAAAGAAGUUGUUGCCAACAGAUCCACCUCCACGUGUGCAGUAUCUUCGAGUUGGCUGAGGGAACAGCUGGGGGUGAAAGUUGUCAAAGACAAAAUUAUAAAUGUUUUAUAUUGGAAAAUGCCAGGCCCAACAAGACCAUCACUAUGACCGAUGGGGACUAUGAUUAUCUGAUCAAGCUCCUGGCCCUUGGAGAUUCGGGGGUGGGGAAGACGACGUUUCUUUACCGAUACACAGACAAUAAAUUCAAUCCCAAGUUCAUCACAACAGUAGGAAUAGACUUCCGGGAAAAACGUGUGGUUUAUAAUACACAAGGGCCAAAUGGAUCAUCAGGGAAAGCGUUUAAGGUGCACCUUCAGCUUUGGGACACUGCAGGACAAGAGCGAUUCCGGAGCCUCACGACCGCAUUUUUCAGAGAUGCCAUGGGUUUCUUAUUAAUGUUUGACCUCACCAGUCAACAGAGCUUCUUAAAUGUCAGAAACUGGAUGAGCCAACUGCAAGCAAAUGCUUAUUGUGAAAAUCCAGAUAUAGUAUUAAUUGGAAACAAGGCAGACUUACCAGACCAAAGGGAAGUCAAUGAGCGGCAAGCCCGGGACCUGGCUGACAAAUACAGCAUACCAUAUUUUGAAACAAGUGCGGCGACUGGCCAAGAUGUGGAGAAGGCUGUGGAAACUCUUCUGGACUUAAUAAUGAAGCGAAUGGAACAGUGUGUAGAGAAGACACAAGUCCCCGACUCUGUCAAUGGGGGAAACUCUGGGAAGCUCGAUGGGGAGAAACCAGCAGAGAAGAAAUGCACCUGCUAGACCUCACACAGGGACUCCAUCCAGGUCCCGCCCAAAUGUUACUUCCCCAAACAGCGACAGACCACACAACUGUUGGGUAGACCAUGCAUAAUGGCACAUCUUUCUUUUUCUGCCAGAAAGUGUAUUUUAAGAAACCAAAAUAGUCAGCAGUAUUCUAAAGAACUGACCAGUUGUUUCUGAAGCCCCUUCAAACAAGAUCAAAGAUUCCUAACGUGAUCUCACCAUCAUGGAUGCCCAGGUUUUUUUUUUGGUUUUGUUUUGUUUUUAUAAAGAAGACAAGUGUGUAAGGGAGUACACAGAUGAAAUGACAGUGAGUUGUAAAUGAGAACAAAAAUUACCCUGUCACAUGGAGAAAGGGAUGGGCUACCAAAGGGAGAACAUAGAAAGUUGAUUUUUUUAAAAAAGAUUGGGGUUACUUCACAUGUAGAAUCUGAUUAUUACUUUUAGGUUUGCAUUGGGGAAACAUAGUUAAAAAUGGAUACACAAUAAAGAAUUCUAAAUGGAUCAUUAACAAUGACAUUGCUCUGUACACCCAAUACGCUGUAUUAGAAUGACUUAAUUAGUGGUGAGGUUAUGAGAGGAUGAAUGUCAGACUUCUGCUAGCAUGUAGGAGUGUGUGUAAUAAUGCCAUUUUUAUAUUAUUAAUAAAUGGCACAUAGACAAGAACAAGAUUGUGGAUGACAAUGUACAAGAGAAAAUGCCCUGGGAGAAAAAUGAAACUAUGGGAACAUGGCAUUAGACAAAUGGAAUUAAAUGUAUCUGUUACAGAUGUCUGGGAGAGUCACUUAGCCAACUUUCACUCAAGCCAAUGAGAAGUUGACAUUAUCAGCUGGGAUUAAGAGAUGAUCCAGAGGUUUCCAUUUCAAACAGAAUUUUAGAAAUACGUUCAGUGUUUGGCUUCCCAUUUCAUUUUUCUUAGCAAAUGGUGAUAAAUAGUCACCAGCACAAGUUAAAGGUUGCUGUUUAUUUUUUAAAAAUCUCUUUUUAAAAAUGCAGUCAACAAAAACGAUUUCACCUUAAUUUCUUUUAGAUAAAUAUGCUGGUGAUGUGAAACAGAAAGUGACUAUUUAUUGUGGUUUUCUUUUCAAUUUACAAAAUCCCGGAAACUCUAAAUCGAUUUUUUCCCUCUCUAACCCAUACUCUGGCUUUGAAUCAAUUGUGAAAAUACAGGUGUGUCACUUUGUAGACCAACAAUUUCAGAAUAAUCAUGGAUCCAUUUUAUGGUCACUCUGAAUUUUCAUGUCACUAAUCACAUAAGAAUUGAUGAUAACUCAUGCCAUGUUACAAUGUAUUUAGCACUUGUUUUUAUUUUGCUUAAGGCAAAAUGCCCAUAGUUGACCUAUAUUUGGGGGUUGGGCAGGAAUGGAACUGUAUCAUAUCUCACCAAAAAUUGGUUAAUCGCUUUAUUUUUUUUCCACAAGAAGCUGCCGUGCUUAAAGGUAUUUUUCAUUUGCCUAUUCUUAUCAUUAUUCUUAUCAUUAUCACUUCCUAUUAAACCAUUAUUUAAAUAUU